UCCUCCAGCCUGCGUCCCAUAUAAAGCCGGCAGCCGGAGUGCUGAGCACAGCUCCAGCGAUCGCCUGUCUGAGAGCCGCCGCCGCCACCGCCGCCGCCGCCAAGCCCGAGCGGGAGCCAGAGCUACAGCCGGGGCCGCCGCCACCGGUGCCGGCUCCGCGCUGCCGCCCGCCCGUCGCCCGCUGGGAGCUGUCCAGUGCUGAAACCCCGCGCAGACAGCCAAUCGCGCCCGGCUGGCCUCCUCCCCCCGACCAGGGCCCCUCGCAAGUGCCCCCGCCGAGUCCCACGCCAGUCGCACCAUGCCCCGCUCCUUCCUGGUAAAGAAGAUCAAAGGCGACGGCUUCCAGUGCAGCGGGGUGCCGGCCCCCACCUAUCACCCCUUGGAGACCGCCUACGUGCUGCCUGGAGCCCGGGGGCCUUCCGGGGACAACGGUUACGCGCCGCACUGCCUGCCCCCCAGCACCUACGAUGCGGACCAGAAGCCAGGCCUGGAGCUGGCGCCGGCCGAGCCCGCGUACCCGCCGGCGGCCCCGGAAGAGUACAGCGACCCCGAGAGCCCUCAGUCCAGCCUGUCGGCGCGCUACUUCCGCGGGGAGGCGGCCGUGACCGACAGCUAUUCCAUGGACGCCUUCUUCAUCUCGGACGGGCGCUCGCGGCGGCGGCGCGGCGGGGACGCGGGCGGCGCGGGGGACGCCGGGAGCGGCGGGGGGCGCGCGGGGCGCGCGGGGACGCCGGCGGGCGGCGGGCACCGGCACGCGUGCGCCGAGUGCGGCAAGACGUACGCCACGUCGUCGAACCUGAGCCGCCACAAGCAGACGCACCGCAGCCUGGACAGCCAGCUGGCGCGCAAGUGCCCGACGUGCGGCAAGGCGUACGUGUCCAUGCCCGCGCUGGCCAUGCAUGUGCUCACGCACAACCUGCGCCACAAGUGCGGCGUGUGCGGCAAGGCCUUCUCGCGGCCCUGGCUGCUGCAGGGCCACAUGCGCUCGCACACCGGCGAGAAGCCGUUCGGCUGCGCGCACUGCGGCAAGGCCUUCGCCGACCGCUCCAACCUGCGCGCGCACAUGCAGACGCACUCGGCCUUCAAGCACUACCGCUGCCGCCAGUGCGACAAGAGCUUCGCGCUCAAGUCCUACCUCCACAAGCACUGCGAGGCCGCCUGCGUCAAGGGGGCCGAGCCACCCCCGCCGCCGCCGCCCGCCGGCCCCACCAGCUGAGCCUCCCAUCGCGCUCCCGGGUCCCCCAGCUGCGUCCCCCUGCCCACCCCCCUCCUGGGGACCCUGCUCCCAGACCGGAACUUUUCUCUCCGACCCCCAAACCCAGAACUCGCUUUCGCCACUGUCUUCUCCAAGUACAUCCCGACCCUCCUCGUCCUUACCGGCUACCAAGAUUCGGACCUUGACCCGCUGUCCGCGCCCUCAAGGCUCCCAACUCAGGCACCAGGUCCGCACGUUUGCCGGGCCCCCUGGCCGGAAUUUUCUCCCGUCCAUACCCUGCAGUCUCCCUAACUUGCAGACCUUUCCUCUCACUUCCCAACUGCGUUUCAGGCCGGUUCUCUACUGGAGCCCCGAACUCUUAAGGCUUAAACCUCCCCUUGACUCUCACGCCUGCCAUGGAUUCCCCAUCCACACCAGGACGCAGGCCUUAGGAAUCUAAUCUUCACUCUCGGAGACCCCAGCCUGUCCCAGAUCCCCCUGCCCAUACCUUGGCCUUAGUCUAGCCAUUUACCCACCACCUUCCUCAUCCUCUGGGGGACCUUCUCAUUCAUUCCCACCCCCUACUCUCUUGAGACCCCUCAUCCCACUAGCAGCUCUCAACCCUCUGAGUUCACCUGACCUGGGGCAGACAUGAGGGCCAGUUCAGGGCUCGGCCACCUAAUGUAGCCCCUCUCUCACCCUGGGACAGCCCCUCCUUGGGCUUCCAGCCUCUCCCGCAGAUUCUCUGAGCACUUUCCCUACCCACAGGACUACAGGUACCCUCUUUAUGUAUUGGAGGGAGGUCUGGGGCACCUCACGAAUGCCCUUCUCCCCAUCCGGCUGGGCCUCUCCAGUGUAUUUAUUUGUGUAUUUAUUUAUCUAUUUAUUAUUCUAAUUAAUCUCUUGCCCUCACCCAGUAAUGGUCUGACUUCCCCAGCUGGACUGGGAGGUCAGGGAGCCAGGCAAGGAGAGGGACAGCAAAGGCCAUAGAGGGCUGUCCCCCACCCCAACACACCCCAUUUCGGGGCGUGGGGAGAAGUCCUAUCCUCAUCAGAGCCUGAACUUGCUGGGGAACGGGGCGUGAGAAUGGGAGGGAUAGCCUGCUGACCCUCAACUUGGGGAGGGGGACAUCAGGAGGUCAGUCUUGGGGCAGGUCCCCGCCCUCCUGCGCCUUCUAUUCCCACUGCAGGGAGACCAGAGAGAGGAGCCUCCCCGAUAUGUUUCCUAUUCAUUCCUCUUCUUGAGGAACCCCAAGUUCCAGGGACCGACUGAGCCCCGGACCCGCUGGGGCUUCCGGCCCGCUCCGCUCUGCUCCCCGGGAGGAGCGCUCCCUCCCGCCACGUCUAUGCAACUCUCCCGGGCAGAGGGGCCGGGGCUCCCAGCAGCGCCCCCAUUGGCCGCCACUACCUCCCCCGCCGCGCUUUUGCAUGCCCGGGCGAGGACCGAAGCACACACCUCCAUGCUCGCGGGCCCUGGCCCGGUCUGCUUUAAGCACACGCCUCUGCCCCAUCUCUAGGCGCCCAGCUCGGGGGCAGGAGUCACAGAAUCUCGGACCCUCCGCCCUCUUCCCUACGCCGCAAAUGAGGGUGGAGCCUGGAGGGGGCUCCCCACCGGGAGCAGGUGCACUUCUCUAGGGCUUCCCAGCUCCAGGCCCACCUGGGAAGGGAGGCAGCAGGGAUGAGGGGAGGGAGAGGGGGUGCAGAAGCAACUACGGAGGGUGUUGAUCCUGUAAAUAGGAACUUCCGACAGCAAUAAUUUUCCAUGCAUGCUAAGCCUUUUGGCCAUAUUUUGUAUGAGCGCUUGGCGCUCUCCCUCCCUUCUCCUCCCCCAUCUCCCACCCCAGACUCCCAACCCUUCCUCACCUUCAGCAGUAUUACUUGUAAGGCAAUUCAGGGAUAUUAAAGGGACUUUGG